UGGUAUAUAGAUGCCGCCCUCGCUACACCGCCGCUCUGCAUUCCAAUAGGCCAUCAUUGUGAUAUUUUCUGCUCAACGCCAGUGCUAACUGUAGUACUCUCAGCACGGACAAUCUGCAGCUAAGCUACUAGCAGUCAUGUGUCUGCAUAACUGGCUAUAGUGUAACCCCUCCACCCUCCACCCUCAACACCAAACCCAACUUAUAUCCAUCUUGUAUCCAUAGCUAUUCCCAUCAUUAAGACAUUCUAAAACAUCCAACUUCCCAAAGAAAAGAAAAAACAAACAGACCUAUUCCCACCACCAAAAUGACCCUCAACCAACCAACCUCUCCCAACUCCCAGAAUUUCCAACACCCGCAAGAAGACCCCUCCGACCCCCAAAAACCCAGCCGCGAAGCCGUCUCCGCCUUCACCGCCUCCCUCCACUCCCUCGGCGCAAACUACACAUCCGACCUCGUCGACCGCGCCAAGAAUUUACAUGGGAACUCCGAGGCGCUGCGGGCGCAGGAAGAACAGCUCGCGCGGACGACGGCGGACCUGCACAAGCAGAAUAAUGAGUGGGGGAAGGUGGCGGAUGAUGCGCGCAAUGGGCUGAAGGAGAUUGGUGAUGUGCAAAAUUGGGCUGAGAUGAUUGAGCGGGAUUUGCUGGUUGUUGAGGAAGUGCUGGGUGUUGUGGAGGAAGAGGAUUUUGAGAGGGAGAGGGAGCGGGAGCGGCAGGGAAAUAUUAGUGAGAGUGAUGGUGAGAUGGAUAUUGAUGGGCAGGCAGUUAAUGGAAGUCAGAAUGGAAACGGGGUUUUGAAUGGUGGUUUGGAUGGGAAUGGGAAGAUUGGUGGAGAGGAUGGGGAGGAUGGGAAAGCGAUGGGAAAGGGCAAGGCGAAGGCCAAGGGGACAGAGAAGAAAGGGUGGUUUUCUUGGUGGUGAUUUAUGGAUCUCUUGCAUUUGCUAUUUACUAUUGACUAUGAUGAGUUACGAAUUAUGAUGAUAAGAUGUUUUUGGGUAGUUAAUGUAUCAAAUCAAGAUACGAGUAUUAGCAUUGUAGAGGUAUUUGCAUCGCUGAUAAAUACAUUCAGUUCAGUUCAAGAUACAUUGAGUAAAGUAGAAAGUGAGUCCCAAACGCCAUUGAUGCCCUGCUUUGUCCUCAAAAUUGUUUUUGCACACGAGCGCUACAUUAAUAUCAAAUUCAACCCCCCUUAGCGCGUAAAAAUAUCAAAUGAAAAGGCAUCACAUAUUCGCCAACUCGUUAUCAAUCUGGCGGUCGAGGAAUGCUCGCUUGUCUCCGACAAGUGUCGUCUGGAGUCGUUGCUCAACCAAAGCGCGAACU